GAAGAAGAACUCCUGUGACGCUCAGACAGUGUGGAACUGUUGCGUGUAGCCUCAGUUUCCGACCGGAGCACUACAGAGGAAACACGAAAUGGCGACCUCCUUGAUGCGAUUAGGGCGACUGGGUUCUAUCAAGAGUCUCCAGGUGAAGAGAUGGGACGUCCUGAGGAGAGGAGCCACGGCUGCGCUCUGCACUCAGGCUGAAGAGACCAAGGCUGCAGGCAACACAGCAGAUGAGAGAGCCGCCCUGCUCGCCCACAAGACGCCUGUUUCCUUUCCGGUUAGAUUAGUACGGUCAGGGAUUCUCUCAGGACAGUCUGCAGGUGGCGCUGAACAGGUGGUCAGAGCUGAACCAGUCGUCCAAGCUGAACCGGUGGUCCGAGCUGAACCAGUGGUCAGAGCGGAACCAGUAGUCCCAGCUGAAUCGGUGGUCAUAGCUGAACCAGUGGUCAGAGCUGAACCAGUAGUUCCAGCUGAAUCGGUGUUCGUAGCUGAACCAGUGGUGAGAGCUGAACCAGUCGUCCCAGCUGAACCGGUGGUCCGAGCUGAACCAGUGGUCAGAGCUGAACCAGUAGUCCCAGCUGAAUCGGUGGUCUUAGCUGAACCAGUGGUCGUAUCUGAACAAGUGGUCAGAGCUGAACCAGUGGUCCAAGCUGAACCAGUGUUCAGCUCCACAGCUACAGUGCCUGUCAAUGAAGCAGCUGUGCCACAGGAGGCGGAAACUCAAGCUGCGCCCUCACAUCCAGAUGUUGCUCAGAGCGUCGCUGACACAACAGCUGCUGACCCCCUGGUUGAUGCAGCCAGUGAAACAACCGCACCAGACCACACUCCUGCUGCAGCUUCUGCCUCACAUGAUGCAGGCUCCUCUGAGACCUCUGAUCCAGCAGCGGAUGGAUCCUCAUCAUCCAGCUCAGACUCAGACUCAGACUCAGACUCAGACUCUGACUCUGACUCUGACUCUGACUCUGACUCUGAAGACCAGAAGUCAGAAUUGAGGUCUGGUACCAAGAGCUCACCAUCAGAGGUGUCAGAAUCCACUAUGAAAGAAGAAGCAGAAGUCCGCAAAGUCCCAUCAGAGAUGGAGGAAGUUACUAGUGAAGAUAAGAAGGAAGCUGAAGAUCCUCCUGCCUCUGCUGCCGAGGCCGAACAGGAGACUUCUCCAACAGCAGCAGGAGCAACUCAAGUCACCGUGGAGACGCCCACUGUCCGUUCUGAGGAGUUAUUGGAUUCUGCCCCUGAGAUCUGCACUGCUGCAGAAGACACUCUAGAGGGCGCUGUCACUAACACUGAAGACAUUGCUUCUCCCACUGGCCCUGGCGUCCAAGUAGAAACUCUAUCUGAAGGUUUGUCUGAGGCUGCUACUCCAGAACAGAAUAUAUCUGAUGCUGCUGUCUCUGCUGAGACCAUUGGAGAAGCUGGUAAGGCUGAACCAGCUGCUGCAGAGCCUUUAGAAGCUGAAGCUUCCAGCCCUGAAGCCUCCAGCCCUGAAGCCUCCAGCCAUGAAGCCUCCAGCCCUGAAGCCUCCAGCCAUGAAGCCUCCAGGCCUGAAGCCUCCAGCCCUGAAGCCUCCAGCCCUGAAGCCUCCAGCCCUGAAGCCUCCAGCCCUGAAGCCUCCAGCCCAGAAGUUUCCAGCCCUGUGGAGAGCACCACGGAUCUGGUGGACUCUGCUCCAGCAGGAGCAGAUCUGCAGACGGAGGCCCCAGUUGCACCAUCUGAGGAAGCUCCAGCAGUGGCACCUCCAGAACCUGAGGAGCCGUUUGACAACAGCACGUAUAAGAACUACCAGCACCACAACUACUCCCACUACACGUUUGCUGACCUGGAUCUGGAGAUGGCCAAGUUUCGUCUCCCUCAGCCCUCCUCUGGCAGACCCUCACCCAGACACUAGAGAAGCUGGCCGAGCUGCAAACCUUCCUAAUGCUCAGAGGUGACGGUGAUAGUGUUGUCCCUCUUCUCGUGUGAUCGCCCCCCCCCACCCUUCUCAGCGUGAAAUUCAGCUCUUAAAAUGUUGUAUUAUUAAAGUUCACAAACAGGAAAUGGA